AUGGAGCGAGGACCAUUGCUGCCAAGAAUCAUCAUCUCAGACUACACAAUUACGCCCCCAAUAGCAACAUCAUACCACGCGAUCAAAGCUUUUCAUCCAGAGAAAGAAGACACCAUAUUCUUUGGCCAAACUUACAAGCUCAUAAAAUCACUCCUCACUUACCCUCGUUGUCCGCACCGCCGCGGCACUUCCACUUGGCCCUGUCAACCUUGCGAAACAACCUUCACACGCGCAUACUGGACCUGUGCCGGCCUGCUCCUGGACUACUAUGCAGACUUUUAUGCCUACGAUAGCGCGCUCAUGCAAGCUGUAUGGUUCCACCUUUUUGACAUAUGGCAGGAAAGCGCAGCAUGGAUUAUCGACAGCCUGAUAUUAGAUGUCAGAGCAGACCGACGAACAAGCAAAGCAGAUAGAGCCCGAUGCGCAGCAAAAGCUCGAGAAUUCGUCAAACACGUCAAAGACACAGUCGAGCUCGUCGAAGUCGUCCUCUGGGGCCGCAAACAAAGCACCAACACCGCCGCUGCCGCGCACCCGACUCAAGAAACCAUCCUUUACGACCCGCGAGGCGAGGUAUGGCGUCCCAACGGCGAACACGACACCGGCCCAUGGAUCAGCGGCAUAAAGCCCUGGUGCCAGUUCCUGUACAACGGCGGACCAGGCGUAGCGCCUCCUCCUCUCCCCCCAACGUUCGCUCCUCAGAAAACAGACGACAACAAUAAUAACACUGAAGGAAGAGUAACAACACGCUACGUCCCUCACUCCGCCAUCGCAAUCCUAACCGCACACACCCAGCGCGCCCGCGCCCUAGCUUCCACACUCUACACCUCUCCCAUCCCCGAAGACACCGCUCUCUCCCGCCUCAAACAAUUCGAUGCAUACGCCCCUGUCUUCCCCACCCCACGCCACCCCACACAUACCUUCACGUCGCCGUUAACGGGCCACACGGUAUCGUACGCGCUAGGCAACGGCGCGCCCCCCGUGCUGCGACAUGUCGGGUUUGCAGAUCCGGAGAUGAGCGAUGAGCGCGCCGACUGGAUUCUACUGGAUGACUGCGUGGCUAUACUCAAGGAAUUGGAUCCGUAUUUGGGAGUCAGUGCCGAGAUGGGGGAUGCAGGGGAUGGGGAGGAAGAAGCGGCGUUUGAUGUCUGGACUGUGGUUGAGGUACGAGAGAAAGAAAAGGGGGGAGAGGUGCUGGAGUUGGGGACAAUGUUUGAGAAGUGGUGUGGGAUUGGGGAGUGUGAAGUGGGUUCCAAGUCGUUCUAG